AUGCAGCACUCCAUUGCAGGCUUGGUGCACAUUAUGGGAGCUGAGUCUAAGGAGUUAGGCAUCCAUUUUGUGCAGCAGGGGGAGAUCCUGCUGACGGGAGAUCAUUGGAGGAUCAUUGUAUCGCUCAACAUCAUGGAGAUUUGUCAGGGAAUCACAAAUCUAUGCCUGCAUAUCAAAGACACCCAACAGACUUGGUGGAAGGCAACCAAAUGUAUUCCCGAUCUCGGGGUGCAUGAAGGGUUCCUGAGGAGGCUGCUUCAACCUGGGCAGCAGCUGGAGGAGGCCGGGCAGGCCUUGAUGGAGCUUCUACCAACCAGUCAAGAAAGGAGGGGACUCUUCAACAUCGGAGGGAAAUUAUUACGUGUAAUAUUUGGGACAGCUGAAGAGGAUGAUGUUGACCACCUUCGAUUAAGCUUGGAACACACCAACCAGAGGACAAUGGAGGUGAUUCACCUGCAGAAGGAAAUGCUGACAGUGACAAGGAAGUUGACAAGGCGAGCAGAGAUGAACUCUGCCAACAUCAAACAAAUGACAGAGAAACUAGAAGAGAGUACAGAAAUCUUUGCAAAAUGGAUUGAUAAUAUAGAUCAUAAGGUUAGUGAUAGUGAAGUAAUACUUAAGACUUUUGUGAAUGUAACAGCCAAACUACAGGACUUGGAGUUAGCCAUUAUGUUAAAUUUAAGUGACUUGAAUAAUUUGUUAGUCACUCUUCAAAAGGUGUCACAGGGUAAAUUAAGUGUUGGCUUGAUAUCUCCAUCAGAGAUGAGAGCUUUGCUUGUGAGGGUUUGCUCAAGUUUACAACAGGAACUGGGGCUAAUCGCGGGUGCAGAGGAGGCUUACCCAUACUACCAGGCUGCACCAGUGGGUAAACGCUUUACCUUGUUUCGCGUGCAUGCUCUACCAGUUCAUGAUCCUUCUAUCAUCCACUUUGUUCAAAUUCAAUAA